AUGCUAGGACAAACAAUGCUGUCAGCUUAUGAAGCAAUGUACGGAGAAAUCCCAUUCAACCCGGAAGCGAAUGAUGGCAGACAAACCGAGGCCCCCAAAGAAAGAGGGAGGACAAGACAGCGACGUCCCCGCACGGAGUCCCUAAUCCUAGAUGAGGAACCCGUCACGGUGGAAAUGACCAGAGACCAAAGACGACCACCAGAUGAGAGAAUCACAGUCCAAGCUAAGUCGACGAGAGCCCCUCAGAGCAAUCCCCCAACGGGUCCCAGGAAGGAAAGAAAGCGAUCUUUACCGGUUGAAGAAGAUUCAGAGAGCGAUGCUUUGUCAGACCCCGAAAGAGAGAUCAACUUCGUUGACGACCAAGAGCUGUCAAACAAUCACCUGCUGAAGUUAUCAAACGGCCUACAUCAAAGAAUGACAAAAUUACAAGCAUAUGUUCCGUUAACUGUUUUCAAUGCAGACUGGAUAGAGAAAGACGUAGAGAAGGCUGGUCUCAAGAAGGUCAAGACCGUGAAGGAGCUCCAAGAAGGAGACGAUGUGCCAACUUACUCAGGCUUGACUCCAAAAGACAAACUCCUGCUGUCCUACGGCGAGUGGAUGGACUGCAUAGAUCUAUUCAUCAGAUAUGUCGAAGAGUUUUACCACAUGGAACGAACGGCAGAGAUGUUCAGGAAGCACAAGGCCAACGUAAUUGAUAUUAGGAGAUCUACAUUGUGCUGGAUGGUUGCCUUGAGAUAUUGCAUCAAAGUGAGAAAGUUAGUCAUGCAGAAUAGAACCAAGAACGGCAAGCGACAGAUGAACAAUGCAGGUAUCUUACACCAAGACAUUCUACGAGCGGCCAAGGACAAAGCUGAAGUAUGCGGCGAAAGGAGCUACGCGGAGAACCCGUACACGACCACGACCGGCGAGAACAAACUCCAAUCAUCCAACGGGAGACCCCUGGCCAAGAACGAAGUGUCCACAUCAAGCCAAGAUGCAAACGGCUGGAAGAAUAGUUCAAAGAGCAGAAGAAACAACCACAACAGCAACAAUAAGCGGAAGAGCUUCGACCGUAACAUCAGCUAUAGGAAGAACUGGAAAACCGACUAUCAUGGCGGAGGCCACGGAGGUGCAUCAUACCACCAAACACAGAACACCGGCUAUUAUUCCAACUGCAAUCAUCAUAACGCCCCCUACAACAACACCUUCCCCUCAUCGUCCUCCGGUUUUCACCCAUUGGGCCCAUACGGUGGAAACGUAUACGGUAGCUCCUUUCAUCCAUCGUACAGUCAAGGUGGAUCUAUGGCAAGCACGAGCAAGCCACAUAACCAACUGGCAAUCGUGGCAAAGCCGAGCGGAAGCGGGCAAGGAGGCGCUUUAGCCAUCGUGAAUAGACAAAACGGAGGGGGAAAACAGAACUGCGGUGAUGCCCAGGGCGGUUGGUGUGAACCCGGAAGGCUAGGAAAAGACUUAUAA